AAUAGCCCAUUACAACCCAAUUCCAUAUCUGAUAUUUCUUUCAUCUUACUUCGUAAAACCCUCGUCACCAAAUUCUGCAAAUCAAAAUUAGGGUUUUAGCAAAACCCUAACUAUACCUCAAAAACUCCAUUAAAGGAGAGAGAAAAAGCUCUAAGAAAUUGCAGAUGGGUAAGAAGAGAAAGCAUUCCGAAACCCAAGCUGCUGCCGCAGCAGCAGCCGCAGAGGCAGAAGCGAAGAAGAACGCCGUCGCACCAGAGCGGCCGAAGAGGACUUUGUUAGGGUGGAAGACCAAACCUCAGGAGGAAGAUGGUGAGGAGAGAGAAAAUGGUGACGCUGUUCAUGUUCCUGUUUUCCGUAACAAAGAGAAGGUUCUUAUUACUUGUUCUCGUCGGAUUAAUUUCAGGUAUCGGCAUUUGAUGUUGAAUGUGGCGUCGCUUUUGCCGCAUUCGAAAAGGGAUAGUAAGGUCGAAUCGAAGGAGAGUAAAGGUGCCACUUUGAAUGAGCUUGUUGAGCUCAAGAACUGCUCUUCCUGCAUGUUUUUUGAGUGCAGAAAACAUAAAGAUCUUUACUUGUGGAUGGCCAAGAGUCCAGAUGGUCCAUCAGUUAAAUUUUUGGUUAAUGCAGUGCAUACAAUGGAAGAAUUAAAGCUCACUGGGAACCAUUUGAAAGGUUCACGUCCUUUGUUGACAUUCUCAGCUAAUUUUGACAAGGAGCCACACUGGAUGCUUUUGAAGGAGUUGAUGUUGCAGAUAUUCCAGAUUCCAAAGGAUCACAGGAAAUCAAAGCCUUUUCAUGAUCAUGUCUUUGCCUUUUCAAUUGUUGAUGAUCAUAUCUGGUUUAGAAACUAUCAGAUUACUGUUCCGCAUAAUGAACCAACUAAAAUGGACAGAGGUGGCUUGGACAAGAUGACCCUUACAGAGGUUGGCCCAAGGUUCUGUUUAAAUCCCAUCAAAAUAUUCGGUGGAAGCUUUGGCGGUCCAACUUUGUAUGAGAAUCCCUUCUAUAUUUCACCGAAUCAGAUACGGUCUCUGCAAAAGAAAAAGAAGGCUGGCAAAUACGUUAAGAAGGUUAAAGCAAAGACUAGGAGGAAAAUGCAUGAGUUGUCAAACCCAAUGGAGCGUGAUGAGUUGGCAGAUAUGUGGAAAGAGUGACAAUCUGCUGCAGAUCAGUUUUGAUUUGGUCUUGGAUAAGCAAAUAUCAACUUAAAUACAGGCAAUUAGCAAUUCUUCCCUUGAAUCUUUUUAUUGGAGCAUGUUGACAUAGUUGGAAGCUCAUAACCUUAUUGUGUUGUAUUGCCAUUAGAAAGAUGAGUGGGGUGAGUUUUUUCAGAUUACAGUAAUGAGGAUAGAAAGCAGAGGUGUGCUGUUGAGUUAGCUUCUGCAAUCUUUACCAAAAUCACUACAGUUUUGUAACAAGAUUUCAGUUUGUGUAGCAACUACUCUAGCAAGUGAUAUUAUAUUUUCUUUUGUCGUAUGUUCAAAGUUUUUGUA